GUUCCCGGCUGCCGCCUACAAAAUCUAUUGAACACCACCCCAUGGUGACACCCUACACUGUCUGUCCUGUCACCAACUCACCAGUCACCACUCACCACCACCCCGCUCUUUGCUGCUUCGCGCUGUGGAGCUCAACGGCGGACGGACGGCCAUGUCGUCGUCGUCGUCGCCACGCCACCCUUGCUUCGGCGCCGCCCUCCCGGAGCGCCUCGGCUACGUGCAGUGCAAAUUCUGCGCCACCAUCCUGCUGGUGGGCGUGCCGAUCGGCGGCAGCCUGCAGCUGCUGAAGACGGUGGCCGUGCAGUGCGGAAGCUGCUGCGGCAUCCUCUCCGUCGCGCUGCCGCCCGACGAGGCGCCGGCGCCGGCGUCCGUCGAGCUGCUUCCCCUGAUGCAGGAGGCCGGCGGCGUUGAUCCGCCGCCCAGGGACUCCGACGAGAGCAGCGGAGAGGACCGGGGGGAGACAACGGAGGCUGCUACCGUUGCCGACAACCAUGCCGCCUUCCCUGCGGUUAACAAACCUCCACUUAGGAAGCAACGGACGCCGUCGGCCUACAAUUGCUUCAUCAAGGAGGAGAUACAGAGGAUUAAGGCAAGAGACCCGGGCAUCACCCACAAGGAGGCCUUCAGCGCUGCUUCUAAGAAUUGGGCUCACUUACCUAGGAUCCAGAAGACGGGAGGCUGAUGGAUCUGCUGCUGCUGCACGCGGUUUCCAGAUUUGCACGCUGCAAAGAGAGGGAAACAGAUUACCUGCGACCUGAUCCACGUUGUUAGCUUCAGAUGAGAUAAAUCCAUGGAUUUCAAUGUUGUACAUAAACCUUUGGCACGUGGUGUGGUGACUGAAAUUACAAUCAUGCGAUAAAUGCAGCAUUGUUUCCAGAUCUUA